AUGCAUGCAGGCUCCAGUCUUCGGAGCUUCUCUCUGGCUAUCCUCACCCCUCGCCUGCUCUUGGUGAAGGUUGAGCGAGUGGGUUUCUCCCUCGCUCAACUCCUCCUGUAA